CAGUAAGCAGUCUCACACAAACCUCCCCCCCAAAAAAGCAAGAUGAGAGACCCAGAAGAGCAAGAAGUGCAAGAUCAUGCCGCCUCUGCAGCAGCUGUUGCGCUCGGGACACCUGAAGCGGUUGAGCUGCGUGCCAUGGGUUCUCCUCGGUCCGGUUCCAGCCACCGGGAACCCGAGUCGAGCCCGUUGGCAUGGCUUUGCGUCGUGGGCUCAUUCAUGUUUCUCUACCCAUCCUACGGUUUCAUGCAAUCCGUCGGAACCGUUCAGUCCUAUCUCCAGCUCAACCAGCUGAGCGCGUACCCCUCUCGUGAUCUGGGCUGGACCAGCGGAAUAUUCACCUCGCUCGGCCUGCUGCUCGGCAUCCAGGCCGGCCCCCUCAUGGAUGCGUACGGCACCAAGUUCCUGGCGCCCGUUUCCGUGGUGCUGUACGUGCCGGUAUUCUUCAUCAUGGGCGAGUGCACCGAGUACUGGCACUUCAUCCUCUGCCUCGGGGUGCUCGGGGGCAUCGGCGGCGCCCUCACCUCGACCGUCGCAAUGGCGGUCAUCGGGAAACUCUUCAACCGCCGCAAGGGGCUCGCCAUGGGGAUCGCCCUCUCGGGGUCUUCCUUUGGCGGCGUCACGAUCUCGAUGAUGCUGCGCUCGAUCCUGCCGACGCUGGGCUGGCAGUGGUCGAUGAGAGUCAUGGGCUUCCUCGUCCUCGGCAUCAUGACCAUCGGCGUCUUGUGUUUCCUGCCGUAUCCCCGGCUGUGUGUCGCCGUUGCCGGGGCACCAGUGGGCAAGACGGGGGCAAUGCUGAACUUCUCGGCCUUCCGGUCUCCUCCUUUCGGCUUCAUGACCAUGGGCCUAUUUCUUCUCGAGUUCGUCCUAUUUGGUAUAACGGGUCUGCUGCCCACCUUUGCGAUCGCCUCGGGCUUCGGUUCCGACGUCGGAUACUCCCUGAUUGCGAUUCUCAACGGCACGUCAUGUCUUGGCCGCAUCAUGACUGGCAUCAUCGGCGACAAGCUCGGGCAUCUCAACAUCCUACUCACAAUGAUAGGAAUUACGAUUGUUUUUACCGGUGUCGUAUUUGUGCCUUUUGGGACCAAGCAUAUCGGGGCGUUGUAUGCUUUUGCUGCUUUGUGGGGGUAUGGGUCAGGAUCUUUCUUGUCCAGCACCCCAGUGUGUGUGGGUAAAACGUGCGAACCGAAGGACUACGGCAGAUAUCUUGGCACAAUGAACUUUGUCGUCAGCUUCUCGCUAUUGGUGACCGUGCCUAUCGGCGGACAGAUGCUCGAAAGCAUGGGUGGGACAGCGCUCUCGGGCUUCUAUCUGGCUAUCGUCUUUCUUGGCGGAGUCUGCUUCUUCGCCGCCCGCGCCCUGCUCCUCGACGGAUGGCUCACUCUCCGGGCUAGGAUUUGAAUCUAAGCAUUCUACGAAAUGACGAAAGACUCCAGGUGACGGGUUGAGGGACAACAGAAGAGCCGAGCUGGUGAUGUCGGUAGCUCUAUAAAUAAAGCGAGAGACUUGUGUAUUUUCCCAGGAUAGUACGAGAGAGAUAUUACAUAGCCAGAAGGCUGAUAGAUUGCACUAAAAAGAGUGUUGUGCACACCUCUGUUCGAAUCCAGAAUCGUCGACAUCAGCCUCUUGCAAUUAUCUUCGUAUUCUCGUUCCC